AAGCGAAAUUGUGACUGUAGCUGCUUGCAUGAAGGUUUAUGUAAACAGUUUCUGGACAGAAAGUAUAUAACUUUCACUAGAAUUUUAGAGGAGCCAAUGAUUCAAAACAGGCUGAGACCGCAAGUCUCAUCCUCUCCUUGUGUGUCUCUCUCCUCUUUUCAGGUGGAAAACAGUGACACGCCAAAGGACUCUGCAGUGACCUCCAAGUCCCCAUCCAUGGCCCAGGACUCAGGCUCCUCAGAGCUGUUACCCAACGGGGACUUGGAGAAGCGGAGUGAGCCCCAGCCAGAGGAGGGGAGUCCUGCUGGGGGACAGAAGGGCGGGGCCCCAGCAGAGGGAGAGGGUGCAGCUGAGACCCCGCCUGAAGCCUCCAGAGCAGUGGAGAAUGGCUGCUGCACCCCCAAGGAGGGCCGAGGAGCCCCUACAGAAGAGGGCAAAGAACAGAAGGAGACCAACAUCGAAUCCAUGAAAAUGGAGGGCUCCCGGGGCCGGCUGCGGGGUGGCUUGGGCUGGGAGUCCAGCCUCCGCCAGCGGCCCAUGCCGCGGCUCACCUUCCAGGCGGGGGACCCCUACUACAUCAGCAAGCGCAAGCGGGACGAAUGGCUGGCACGCUGGAAAAGGGAGGCUGAGAAGAAAGCCAAGGUAAUUGCAGUAAUGAAUGCUGUGGAAGAAAACCAGGGGUCUGGGGAGUCUCAGAAGGUGGAGGAAGCCAGCCCUCCCGCUGUGCAGCAGCCCACUGACCCUGCGUCUCCCACUGUGGCCACCACACCUGAGCCCGUGGGGGCCGAUGCUGGGGACAAGAAUGCCACCAAAGCAGCCGAUGAUGAACCAGAGUACGAGGACGGCCGGGGCUUUGGCAUUGGGGAGCUGGUGUGGGGGAAACUGCGGGGCUUCUCCUGGUGGCCAGGCCGCAUUGUAUCCUGGUGGAUGACGGGCCGGAGCCGAGCAGCCGAGGGCACCCGCUGGGUCAUGUGGUUCGGAGACGGCAAGUUCUCAGUGGUGUGCGUUGAGAAGCUGAUGCCACUGAGCUCAUUUUGCAGUGCAUUCCACCAGGCCACCUACAACAAGCAGCCCAUGUACCGCAAAGCCAUCUAUGAAGUCCUGCAGGUGGCCAGCAGCCGUGCGGGGAAGCUGUUCCCAGCAUGCCACGACAGUGAUGAGAGCGACACUGCCAAAGCUGUGGAGGUGCAGAACAAGCAGAUGAUCGAAUGGGCCCUUGGGGGGUUCCAGCCCUCUGGCCCCAAGGGCCUAGAGCCACCAGAAGAGGAGAAGAAUCCCUACAAAGAAGUUUACACAGACAUGUGGGUUGAACCCGAGGCAGCUGCCUAUGCACCACCCCCACCAGCCAAAAAGCCCAGAAAGAGCACAACAGAAAAGCCUAAGGUCAAGGAGAUUAUUGAUGAACGCACAAGAGAGCGGCUGGUGUACGAGGUGCGGCAGAAGUGCCGGAACAUUGAGGACAUCUGCAUCUCUUGUGGGAGCCUCAACGUCACCCUGGAACACCCCCUCUUCAUCGGAGGAAUGUGCCAAAAUUGCAAGAACUGCUUCCUGGAGUGUGCGUACCAGUAUGAUGACGAUGGCUAUCAGUCCUACUGCACCAUCUGCUGCGGGGGGCGUGAGGUGCUCAUGUGUGGAAAUAACAACUGCUGCAGGUGCUUUUGUGUGGAGUGUGUGGACCUCUUGGUGGGGCCAGGGGCUGCCCAAGCAGCCAUUAAGGAAGACCCCUGGAAUUGCUACAUGUGUGGGCACAAGGGCACUUACGGGUUGCUGCGGCGGCGGGACGACUGGCCCUCUCGACUCCAGAUGUUCUUCGCCAAUAACCAUGACCAGGAGUUUGACCCUCCAAAGGUGUACCCACCUGUCCCAGCCGAGAAGAGGAAGCCCAUCCGGGUGCUGUCUCUCUUUGACGGAAUUGCUACAGGGCUUCUGGUGCUGAAGGACUUGGGCAUUCAGGUGGACCGCUACAUCGCCUCGGAGGUGUGUGAGGACUCCAUCACGGUGGGCAUGGUGCGGCACCAGGGGAAGAUCAUGUAUGUCGGCGACGUCCGCAGUGUCACACAGAAGCAUAUCCAGGAGUGGGGCCCAUUCGAUCUGGUGAUUGGGGGCAGUCCCUGCAAUGACCUCUCCAUCGUGAACCCUGCGCGCAAGGGGCUCUAUGAGGGCACUGGCCGGCUCUUCUUUGAGUUCUACCGCCUCCUGCAUGAUGCGCGGCCCAAGGAGGGAGAUGAUCGCCCCUUCUUCUGGCUCUUUGAGAAUGUGGUGGCCAUGGGCGUUAGUGACAAGAGGGACAUCUCGCGAUUUCUUGAGUCCAACCCUGUGAUGAUUGAUGCCAAAGAAGUGUCAGCUGCACACAGGGCCCGCUACUUUUGGGGUAACCUUCCCGGUAUGAACAGGCCGUUGGCAUCCACUGUGAAUGACAAGCUGGAGCUACAGGAGUGUCUGGAGCAUGGCAGGAUAGCCAAGUUCAGCAAAGUGAGGACCAUUACUACUAGGUCAAACUCCAUAAAGCAGGGCAAAGACCAGCAUUUCCCCGUCUUCAUGAAUGAGAAGGAGGACAUCUUAUGGUGCACUGAAAUGGAAAGGGUGUUUGGCUUCCCUGUCCACUAUACCGACGUCUCCAACAUGAGCCGCUUGGCGAGGCAGAGACUGCUGGGCCGGUCAUGGAGCGUACCAGUCAUCCGCCACCUCUUCGCUCCGCUGAAGGAGUAUUUCGCUUGUGUGUAAGGGACAUGGGGGCAAACUGAGGUAGUGACACAAAGUUAAACAAACAAAAAAAAACACAAAACAUAAUAAAACACCAAGAACGUGAGGAUGGAGAGAAGUAUCAGCACCCAGAAGAGAAAAAGGAAUUUAAAACAAAAACCACAGAGGCGGAAAUACCGGAGGGCUUUGCCUUGCGAAAGGGGUUGGACAUCGUCUCCUGAUUUUUCAAUGUUCAUCUUCAGUCCUAUUUAAAAACAAAACCAAACUCCCUCCCCCUAUUCUCCCCCUCCCUCCCUUUUUUGGUCAGACCUUUCGUUUUCUACUCUUUUCAGAGGGGUUUUCUGUUUGUUUGGGUUUUUGUUUCUUGCUGUGACUGAAACAAGAGGGUUAUUGCAGCAAAAAUCAGUAACAAAAAAAUAGUAAUAUCUUGCAGAGGAAAAGUGGGAGAGAGGAAAAAGGAAAUUCUAUAGAAAUCUAUAUAUUGGGUAUUUUUUAUUUUUACUAUAUAUCUUUUUUUUGUUGUCUCUAGCCUGGUCAGAUAGGAGCACAAGCAGGGGACAGAAACAGAGACACUCGGGCAGAGGAAUUCCCUCCCAGCCACUGAGUUGUCUCGCCAGCACCAUUCCUGGUCAUGCAAAACAGAACCCAAUAGCAGCAGGGAGACAAGAACACCACACAAGACACUUUUCUACAGUAUUUCAGGUGCCUACCACACAGGAAACCUUGAAGAAAAUCAGUUUCUAGAAGCCGCUGUUACCUCUUGUUUACAGUUUAUAUAUAUAUGAUAGAUAUGAGAUAUAUAUAUAAAAGGUACUGUUAACUACUGUACAACCCGACUUCAUAAUGGUGCUUUAAAACAGCGAGAUGAGUAAAAACAUCAGCUUCCACGUUGCCUUCUGUGCAAAGGGUUUAACCAAGGAUGGAGAAAGGGAGACAGCUUGCAGAUGUGCAUUACCCUGGCAGGCUCCUCCCCUUGGUUUUUAACAAAGUGAAGGAGGAGAAUUGGGGAGCUGUGUUCUCCCGCUUCUCCCUGCCAAAAAGGGGGUUCAAUGAGGUGGUCGGGACCGUGGAAAGCUGAGAGUGGAAUUCAUCCAGACUCAUGCAAUAACCUUUUGAUUUUUUUCUAAAAGGAGACUCCCUCAGCAAGAAGGCAGGGUAAGGAGUCUUCAUUCCCAAUUUCUCACUUUAGCCAAUUCGAGGGCUCCUUGUGGUGGGAUCAGAAGUAAUCCAGAGUGUGGGAAAACGACAGUCAAACAACCCCACCUGGAGCAAAUAAAAAAACAUACAAAACGUA